CUGGAGUAGGAGGAUGCCCAGGGUAUUGGGGUCAGGAUGGCAUUAGCCCUGCUGAAGCCAGGCUGAGCCGACUCAGCAUCCUGCCUUCCCCGGCCAACCCCCAUCCCCGACGGCUCCACAUUCCCUCUGGCAGAGAUGGGAGAUGGCGCCAGUGCUGCCGGUGCUAUCCCUCCAACCCCGCAUCCGUCUGGCACCGGGACUCUGGUUCCUUUCCUGGUUGCUGGCACUGGCCGGUGGCCUCACCCUCCUCUGUAGCGGGCACCUCCUGGUCCAGCUGUGGUACCUUGGCACCUUCCUGGCUCCCUCCUAUCGAUUCCCUGCCCUGCCCCAGACUGCCCUGGCAGCAAGUGCGGUGGCUCUGAGCACAGGACUAGUCGGGGCAGGAACCAGCCAGGCAAGUCUGGAUGCAGCUAGAUACCCUCCCUGGAAAGGGGUUCUGAGUCCACUGCUGGUGACUGGCACUGCUGGAGGUGGGGGGCUCCUGGUCCUUGCCUUGGGGCUAGCCCUGGUUUUACCUGUGAGUCUGGAUCAGGGACUGGAGGAGGGCCUGGGGACUGCCUUGGCUCACUACAAGGACACAGAGGUGCCUGGGCACUGUCAUGCCACACAACUAAUGGAUGAGCUGUGAUCGAGGUACCACUGCUGUGGGACCCAUGGCUGCAAGGAUUGGUUUGGGGUCCAGUGGGUCAGCAACAGCAACCGUUACCUGGAUCCCACUGAUCAGGAUGUGGUUGACCAGAUCCAAAGCAAUGUGGAAGGCCUAUACCUGAUUGAUGGAGUCCCCUUCACCUGUUGCAAUCCCCAUUCACCCCAUCCUUGCCUACAAAGCCAACUCUCAGACCCCCAUGCCCAUCCCCUCUUUGAUCCUCGAAAGCCCAAUCUAAACCUCUGGGCCCAAGGGUGCCAUGAGGUGCUGCUAGGGCACCUAUGGGGUUUGUCAAGCACACUGGGAGGCAUGCUGGCAGUCACCUUCCUGCUGGAAGCUCUAGUGCUCCUUGGCUUGCGGUAUUUGCAGACAGCACUGGAGGGGCUUGGCCGAGCCAUUGAUGGGGAUGGAGUGACCCAGGGCUAUCUCUUUCCUGCUGGGCUGAAAGAGAUAUUGAAAGCUACAUGGCUUCAGGGGGGUGUUGCCCACAGGCCAGUACCUGAGGAGGCCCCACAAGAAGAGGAACCACCCAAGGAUGUUCUUUCUACCUGAGGCCUAGUGUCCUAUAGGUGGGGGAGGAGGAGGGGAGGGAAGAAGGGAGGGAUGUACAAACCUGGAGAAACUUGCGAUUCUUUACCAAGGCUCAGGGAAGGGAAGAUCUCUGGGAUUAUAAGACUUAAGAAUAGUUAGAGCUAGAAACCUGAGGUAAAAACAAAUCUGAGUGUCCUGCGGCUCAGCCCAAACCACCAGGGAUCAGAAUAGUUCAGGAUGACAGGAAAGUGACACCCAAAGAACUAGAGACUGCUUCUAGUGUACAGAUUCAAUAAAGUUUUUAGAUGGAAGCCACUGCUCUUUCUUGUCAAGGGGAUGGGGCCCUGACAGAACUGAUGC